GUCACUUUCAUUGAGCGACGCUUUUCUCUGUUUAUUUUAUAUCAUUCGUCAACAAACCAAACAUUAGAGUUUGCCACGUUACCAUGCUUUAAGAGGUAAAGGCAUGCUUACCGAGAAGCUUCAGAAGGCGACCAACUGUAAACUCAAACCACACUAAUGCUGAUGAUAAGUCCGAGAAUGGCCUCUGGAACGCAAGAAAAACAAUAUAACCCAUCGUUGCUCAACUUUUUCAUUUAUAAUCCUAAAUUUGGUCCACGGGAAGGAGAGGAAGAGAAGAAAAUUUUGUUUUACCACCCUAGUGAAGUUGAGAAGAACGAAAAGAUCCGAAAUGUAGGACUCUGUGAGGCCAUUGUUCAGUUCACCAGAACGUUCUGUCCGACAAAGCCUGCGAAAUCUCUCCACACGCAGAAAAACAGGCAGUUUUUCCACGAGCCAGAGGAGAAUUUCUGGAUGGUCAUGGUUGUACGAAAUCCAAUGAUUGAAAAGCCUAACAAAGAUGGCAAACCUCCAACCGUAGAAUAUCAAGAAGAAGAAAUUCUAGACUCUGUUUAUGGAGCAGUAUUACAACAGUGCUACAGCAUGUACAAGCUCUUCAAUGGCACAUUCAACAGGGCAAUGGAGGCUGGUGGAGUGGAACUCCUUACUCAAAAGCUGGAAAAAUUCUUCUACAGGUAUCUGCAGACUCUUCACCUACAGACCUGUGACCUGUUGGAUGUGUUUGGAGGGAUCAGCUUCUUCCCCUUAGACAAAAUGACUUACCUGAAGAUUCAGUCGUUUGUCAACAGAGUGGAGGAGAGCUUGAGUCUGGUUAAAUAUACGGCCUUCCUCUAUAACGACCAACUCAUCUGGAGUGGACUGGAACAAGAAGACAUGCGUAUCCUGUACAAGUACUUAACGACAUCUCUGUUCCCAAGGCACUCGGAACCAGAGCUUGCAGGCAGAGACUCACCCCUAAGGCCAGAGGUCACAGGGAAUCUUCUACACUAUGGAAGGUUUUUGACAGGGCCAACUAAUCUCAAAGAUCCCGAUGCAAAAUUCAGAUUCCCGAGAAUAUUUGUCAACACAGAGGACAGUUAUGAGGAGCUGCAUCUGAUUGUUUAUAAGGCAAUGAGUGCAGCUGUGUGCUUCAUGAUAAGUGCAUCAGUAGAACUGGGCCGGGAGUUCUGUGAACAGUUGGACGGUCUGGUUGGUCCUCAGCUGACUCUGCUGGCCUCAGACAUCUGUGAACAGUACAACAUCAACAGGAGGCUAUCAGGGCCAGAGAAGGAGCCUCAGUUUAAGUUUAUCUAUUUCAACCAUAUGAACUUGGCCGAGAAGAGCACCAUUCACAUGCGCAAGACUGUCAGCGUCUCACUGACCUCUGUCCAUCCUGACCUCAUGAAGAUCCUGGGUGACAUCAACUGUGAUUUCGCCAGGGUGGAUGAAGACGAGGAAAUCAUUGUAAAAGCAAUGACCGAUUACUGGGUUGUAGGCAAAAAGUCUGAUCAGAGGGAGCUCUACGUCAUCUUGAACCAGAAAAAUGCCAACUUGAUUGAAGUGAAUGAGGAGGUGAAGCGGUUGUGUGCAACACAGUUCAAUAACAUUUUCUUCUUGGAUUGAAGAAGAGGCAGAUGAGAGGGAUGGAGAAAGAUCAGAAAAGAAAGUUGGACUAUUUCACUACACUAUAAACUGUCUGCUGUUCAAAUUAAUGACAGCAUCAGUGUAAUGCAAUAAUUGCAUUGUAAAAAAAAAACAAACAAAAAAAAAAACAACAAUUUU